AUUUUUUUCUUUGUUUUUUUCUCUGAAUCAACUUUUUGUUAAUUGUUAUUGUUUUUUUGUUCUUCUAAAAUUUAAAUAAUGAACUUUAAUUUGAUCUUUUUUUCGGUCCAUUAAUUAAGAUAAAAUGUCGAAUUCUUUUUUAUAUCCCAGUUUACCCUCAAUAAUUACUUACGAAGGUCCAAAUGGUGUUAAAUUGGUUAAAUGGAGAAUCCAACCUGGUCAUCGAUUAUCCAAAGGAACCUUAAUGUUUAUCUCAUUAAAUUCAGGUAAAGAGGUUAAAUAUAAGGCUAACGCCUAUGGAACCACAAUGGAAUUGCUGGUCAAGGAAGGUCAAGAUAUCUACAAUCACGAUCCGAUAAUAAAGUAUCUUCCAUGUUCCCACCCAACCGUAAUGAAAGAUCUUUGUGCUGAAUGUGGACGAGAUCUUCGAGAAUUGGAUGAUGACGAGCAUAAAACAUCCGCAUCUGUUUGUAUGAUCCACUCUGUACCCGAAUUACGAGUUACCCAAGAACAGGCUGAGAAACUUGGUAAAGCCGAUGAGACUCGAUUAUUAAAAGACGGUAAAUUGGUUCUACUGGUUGAUCUUGAUCAAACUUUAAUCCAUUCAACAAAUGAGCCACCUUCAGAUGGAUUAAAAGAUGUUUGCAGAUACCAAUUAUAUGGUGGAAAUACUCCCUGGUAUUUUACCAAACUUCGACCUCAUACUUCACGAUUUUUGGAGAAUAUUUCUUCCUUUUAUGAGCUUCAUAUUUGUACCUUUGGAGCUCGAAUGUACGCACACAAGAUAGCCGAGCUUCUUGACCCAUCGCAGAAAUAUUUCUCCCAUCGGAUUCUUUCUCGAGAUGAGUGUUUCGAUCCAACCUCCAAAACGGGUAAUCUGAAAGCACUUUUUCCCUGUGGCGAUUCACUGGUCUGUAUUAUCGAUGAUCGUCAAGAUGUUUGGAAUUUUGCGCCCAAUUUGAUCGCAGUUAAGCCUUACUUUUUCUUCAAAAAUACUGGUGAUAUAAAUUCUCCUUAUAAACCGAAAGAAGAAUCUUUUUAUAAUGUUCAAAGUGGCAAUUUACAGUCAUCAUCAUCAUCAUCAUCAUCACCACAACCACAACCAACAACACCAACACCAACAGCAACAUCAUCAUCACCAUUAUCCUCUUCAUCGUCAUCACCACCUUCUCCACAAUCACUGUCACUAUCACAGUCAUCAUCAUCAUCAUCAUCUUCGUCAUCCUCACAACCUGUUACAAUAAUACCAAUCACUGAAUGUUUAACAGAAAAAUCUAAACAAGAAGUCGUUGUUUCAAAAGAAGAGCCAAUUGUCAUAAAAUGUUUUGAUGAAAAGGAUAAGAAGGAGAUUGAUUGUUGUGGUGGUGAUGAUAAUGAUGGAGAAAAUGAAAAGAAAAUCGUCAAGAUGGACAGUGUCAGUGAAACGAAAGAUUCAUUUCCAGAGGGAGAAACAGUUUCCACCGAAAAGAUUGUAACUAAACAAGUCGAACAAGAAGAAGAAGAAAAAAUUGUCAUUGAGCCAGAAAUUAGUACAUCAUCUGCCAUAGAAAUGGAAACACCAUCACCAGAAUUGAAAGGAACAGAGAAAGAGAUCAAGGUAGAAUCAGAUGGAAAAUCGGAAGAAGAGGCAACAUCAUCUUCAUCUUCAAGUAAAACUGAAAUAGUGAAAGAAGAAGAGUCAACGAUAACAUCAACUACCAGUGAACCAAUUAAAGAGCAAUCUAGUGAGUCUCCUCAUUCCAAUGAGAAUCCAGGACCAUCAUCAUCAUCAUCAUCAUCAAUAGAACCAACAUCAUCUUCAUCGGAUAAAGAUGAUGAGAAAAUGAAAGAUGCAAAAGAAAGUGAAGAUCUACCUGAUAGUUCAGAAGAUGCAACCAGUGAAAAUAAGAUUAUCGAUGAUUCAGAUGAUUAUCUUCUCUAUUUGGAAGAUAUUCUAAAACGGAUACAUAAAGAAUACUUUGAGUGUUAUAAAGAUUUAAUGAAAUACUCUAGUGACGAUGAACAUAUUGAACUACCUGAUCUUAAGAAAAUAAUACCCCAAGUGCGUAAGAAAACACUACAAGGAGUUAACAUUGUAUUUAGUGGAUUAAUACCAACCAAUAUGCCGCCCGAGAAAAGUAAACUCUACUCAUUGGCCAAAUCUUUAGGUGCCAAUGUAACCAAAGAUAUAAUUCUGGUGGGAUCACCAUUGGAGAAAACAACUCAUCUAAUUGCUGCUAAACAUGGGACACUCAAAGUGACCAAAGCUUUAAAAUAUCUAAAUAAGAUUCAUAUAGUUAACCCGUUGUGGUUAUAUUGUUGCGCCGAGAGGUGGGAAAAGGUUGACGAAGUGUUGUUUACAUUAUCAAAAGAUGAUAACUUUGAUCUUGUCCAGGAAAAAAAGUUUAAAUCAUCACCAUCUCAUAUAUCUGAGUCAAAUUAUCCUCCCGGUGGUAGUGGUGAGGGUUCAUCAAGUAGUGGUGGUGGUGGUGGUGGUAAAAGUGGUCCAAUACAAGAGUAUGAAGAGUACCCCGUUUAUGAUCCGGUUACAGGGAAAAAGGUUAUCAAAAGUCGUCCGAAAAUAAUUAAUCUUAAUGAGCCAAGUGGAAGUGGAUUAUCCCGACGAACAAGUAGCUCAAAAGAUCGAGCAUUUCUUCAGAAAACUGAUCUCCAACCAUCUAAUAUGCUGCAAUUUAGUCCAUUGUCGGGGUUCUCGAAAAACGAUCUUCAAUUGAUGGAUAAAGAGGUUGACGAUGCCUGUUCGGAGGGCGAUGAAUUAUCAACAGGGAACACCGAUAGUGAAGAUGAAGAGGGUAAUCAACCGAUGUCGGGCUACAAACGAAGACCUGAAUGGGCAUCGGAUGAUGAGGCCGAAAUCGGUGGAGAAGAUGAAGAAGGAGAAGGAGCAAGUUACUCAGAAUACCCUAAGGGGUGGGAAAAGAAGAGUAAAAAAUUUAAAUAUGCUUGUACUCGACUGGCCGAUGAUGAUGAGACUCGAGAUUCGUUUGCAGAACGAAGUGAUUCAACCAGUAAUGACGAUGAUUAUAACGAAUCAAUUGGAUCGGUUGAUGAAGAAAUGGCUGCUGCUGUUGAGAGAGAAUUUUUGAGAAUACCAAUCAUUGGUAGUCCAAUCAUGGGGGACUUUGGAAAUAUUUUCGCUUCGUUCAUUGAUAAAUGUAUAUCGAAAUCUAUGAAUAAGAUUUGCCAAUCAAAUCAAAUUAAUGGUUCCAUAGGUUUUGAUGAUUCUUUGGCUAAAUUGGAAACUGAUUUUCGUAACAUUGACUCGACACUAAUUAAAUUCAACACUUUCGUUGAUGCCAUGAAGAACGAUAUUCAAUAUAUCAUCGUUAGAUUCUUACAAGAGGAAAAUGGCGAUGAAAGGAAAGAAAGUAAAUCAACUGAUUCAAUUGAACGAAAUGGAGAGUCUCAUAUCAAUAAUGGUGCAAUAAUGUUUUCCAAUCUCGACAAACCUUCAUCUUCUAAUUGCAUGGACCAUGUAAAUGGAACUGGUCACUCAUUUUAUGGUAAAAGAAGGUUACAAAUUGCUCGUAAAAGUCUCGCCGUUAAUCAUCCGGUUACUCUUCAAUUGAUUAAUUCUGCGGUCAAUUCUAAUUCUAAUGGUGGUCAAUCGUUUCCUAGAUUUUGUAUGGACUCGAUACAAACUUUUCAAAUCACUCGGCGACCCAACAUUUUAAUUGAGACGAAAACUUUUACCCCUCAUAUUUGUGGUCCACUUUGUAUCCCUAUUACAGUGAUUGACCAUCAAUCAAGUAUAUUCAGUGAGGAAAUACCUUAUGCAAUUCCGAUUAUUCUUGGUUGGCAGCGACAAACGGUAAUCGCUAAGAUGAAAAUCGAACAGAAUAAACAAUCAGUCUCUGCAAAGGAAAUUAUCUAUGUUGGUCCAUGUGGACGUCGAUUACGAACCAUCGGUGAACUAGAUGAAUAUCUUGCAAUGACUCGAUGUCCAAUAUCGGUUGACUAUUUCACCUUCGAACCUUAUGUUUCACUGUUCAGUGAGAGCUCGGCGACACCGUUAAGGUGUAAUUGGCUCGAAAAUGACAUCACCAAUGGUCGGGAGAUGAAAAAAAUAUCGGCUGUAAAUACCUGUGAUAAUGCUCAAUUUCCACCUGAUUUCUGUUACAUUCCAAAUCGAUAUGAAGGUCGUAGUGUCGAUAUACCCUUGGAUCCAUCUUUCCUAAUUCGAUGUGAUUGUACUGAUGGUUGCCGUAAUCGUUCAGCGUGUGCAUGUCAAAGGUUAACCAUUGAAGCGACUCAAUCACUUCCCGGAAGGCGGAAAGAUUUAUCAGCUGGUUACUCUUACCAGCGAUUGAAAAAAUUUCUGGUCACCGGUGUUUACGAAUGUAAUCCCUACUGUUCCUGUAACGAAACUUGCCGAAACAAAGUUGUCCAAAAUGGAAUCAAAGUUCGUCUUCAAAUUUUCAAGACCGUUUCUCGAGGUUGGGGUGUCCGAUCUCUUCACGAUAUUCCAGCGGGAACUUUCAUCUGUACCUAUGCCGGUGAAGUAAUGACCGAACAUGAAGCCAAUCGAAACGCAACCGUUUUCGGUGAUGAAUAUCUCGCUGAUUUAGAUUUUAUCGAUGUUUGUGAAACGGCCAAGGAAAACUACGAGGACGCACCGUUGGAGGAAAUUUCAAGCGAUGAAAAUUCUGAUGAUGAUGACGAUGAUAUUUACGAGGUGGAUGAUCACGAAUCGGAUGAAUCAUUUUCCUCGGUUCAAGUUAAAUCGAAACGGAAAAAUAAAUCUCAUUCAAACAAUCAGAACAAUAAAAAGUCCAAUGGUACUAAUCAACCGGCUGGAGGCAAUAAUUGUGUUAAUAGUAAUUCCAAUGGGAAAAGUUACAAAUAUGAUUCAUCUAGUAAUCAAUCUGAUUCCUUGAUUAAAUACAAAUCGAUACGAACCAUGUUCGAGGAAAAUUUUGGUUACACUCUUGAUGCUGCGAGAUAUGGGAAUGUUGGUCGUUUCCUUAAUCACUCAUGUUCGCCUAAUUGUUUCGCUCAAAGUGUUUUCGUUGACACUCACGAUUUACGAUUCCCUUGGGUCGCUUUUUUUGCCGACAAAUUUAUCCCAGCAUUUAGCGAAUUAACUUGGGACUAUAACUACGAAAUUGGUUCGGUGGAGGGUAAAAUGAUCCGGUGUUUCUGCAAUUCAAAUGAGUGUCGAUAUCGAUUACUUUGAUUUCAUCUCAUAACAAUCAAACCAAUUAACCAAAUCAACUCAAUUUUACUUUCAAACAUUAAUCAUUCUUGGAAUAUUAUUUUAAAUUGACAAAUUAACUCUCUAAGCAUCAAAAAAAUUUAUCAUCAUCUUCCAGUUGAUCAAUAUACACAAAUUUAAUUGUUUUCAAUCUCAUUAAUUUUACUCUUUAUUAAUUAACUUAAUCAUCUAAUCGCAUUUACAACAAUACUUACAACCAACUCACAAUUCAACUUGAAAUCCCACCAAACUAAUUUAUUUUUGUUACAAUCAUCUAAUUAUGUAUAUUAACAUUUUCUAUUUAAUUACCAUACAAACAAUGAAACGAAAAAACAAUUUAAAACUAAUCACAAUUAACAACUCGCAAUUUAAUCCGAGUCCAAUAUCGAUACAAAAAGUAUCGAUACUUACAUGUGACUCUCAAAACAAAACAAAACAAAACGUUUUGUUGAUUGUUGUUAAUUAUGAUUGAAUUUAAGUCCAAUUGAUUAAAAGUAUUUUCUAUUAAAUGUUAAUCUAAUUGUUCAUUAAUUGUGCCUCGAAAUGAGUCUUAAAAGUCUAACCAAAACUUUACCUUUACAAUUUAAUACGAAACAAUUGAACAGAUUAAGGAAACAUUGUGCUACCAAUGGAAUUGAAUUUAAUCAAGAUAAACUCUCGGAAGUUUAUUCAUUUUGGAUGGAAAAUAUUUCCACUGCAACUCAUUACGAGAGAGAUUUUCAACUGGCCAAUCAAUCAGUAACAAUUAACAAAACUCUAUUGGAUGUUGCCCCUGAUUUACUGUUUAUUGAUGUUGAUUUGAUGAAGAAACGAUUGGAGAAAUUUUCACAAUUCGGAUUUAUCAAUAAUCUUGAUAGAUUUUUCAUUUUUCGUGAAUCUCCCUAUGGUUGGUUUCUUCAGGAUUGGGAACAAUUCACAAAGAAAUACAGUUAUAUUCAGUUCAGAAUAAUGCCCUGGCUCAUGGAGAGAGAGGAUGAUCCAUUUCCCGAGCCUCAUCCUCUUGUACGCGCUUGUCAAGUAUUGGAAUUACCUUAUAAUCAAAUUAAAUCUCGAUUCCUUUGGAUCUCGUCUGCGGGAGUUAAACCACCCAAAUUAAAUGGCGACCAUGGUGAUCGACUCAUUUAUCAUAAGGUUCUUCAAAAUUGUCUUCUAUCAGAUUCUGGUUAUUUCGUUAAUCAAACCACUCCCGGUGUUAGGAAAUCCGAAUAUGAAUUCUUUGAAAAGAUUAUCGGACAAACCGAAAUGAUUGAAGAUUCAAUCAUGAGCUCAAUCGGUGAUUUAACAAGACGAGAAGCAAAAAAUUUAAUUCAUGAUCAUGAAGAUGAAAAUAUUCGUCAACUUGCUUCAGUAGAAUAUAAAAAGAUACGAUAUUAAUUAACAAUCAACUGAUUAACCUAAAAAUCCAUUUUAGAGGAAACAAACUUUUCUCAAGUUUAGAAAAAAAUGUAAAACAAAUCCACUGAAAGAAAUCAUUUAAAAAGUCCAUUGUUAUCAUUUAUCAUAAA